AUGAGUGGAAGAGAAUUAGCAAAAGCCUGCCAUUAUGUUUGUUCUAAAAUUACUGAUUUCCUAUUUCUUGGAAGCGCUGCUGUAGCACAAGACAAGAAGAAAUUAAAUGAUAACGGAAUUACUCAUAUAAUUAAUGCAGCUGCUAGUGUUUAUUGUGAUAAUUAUUUCCCUAAUGAUUUUACUUACUAUUCUCUCAGCUUAUAUGAUGAUCCUAACGAAUCUAUCAUUGGUUCUUUUUAUGGAGUUAUAGAAUUUAUUGAAAAUGCAAUCAAGAAAGGCGGUAAAAUUUAUGUACAUUGUCAAAUGGGAGUUUCCAGAUCAUGCUGUUUAUGUAUUUCAUAUAUGAUGUGGAAAUAUAGAAUGAACUUUAAUCAAGCACUAGAGGAUGUGAAAACAAAGAGAGCAUGUUGCUCUCCUAAUGCUGGUUUUUUAGUACAACUUACUCAAUGGGAAACAAUACUAGGAUUGAGUGAUAAG